AUGUUGAUUUUUGCUUUUUGCUUUGAUGUCAAAUCGAUGAUGCCACACAAACAUAUCCCAGUGCUUGAGAUCCCCAUAGAGGAUCAUUAUGUCGGUUGUAUGACCUAUAGGGAUUCCGAGAGGUUAACAAAAUUGAAAAAAAGGUUUGAGGAGCAUGGAUUGUUGGGGAGGGUGAAUGAGUCUGUUUUUGGACCAUUCUUCACAACCUCUAUCUUUUCGUUCUCUGGGGCAUUGGUGCAUACACUGCUUUUGCGGAAGGUGAAGUCUCCGCGUGGCGAUGAGGUGCACUUCUUGAUGGGCCCAAACUUAUGUAAGUUUGGGGUGCAUGAGUUUGCCAUUAUGACUGGCCUGAGCUGCUCCUGUCCACCACUUGCCGCUGACAUUCAACCUCACCUUACGUCUUCCCACCUACUUGAUACAUAUUUCAAUGUGGAACCCGAGAAGGACAUUAGGUUCAAUAUGUUGGAACAAGCUUUUAGUAUGUGCGAUGUACUUGAUGAUUUGUACAAGCUCGGUUUUGUUUACUUUGUGGAGGGGAUACUAUUGGCCGCUGAGAACGACAAUGCUAUUUGGCGAGAUUCAUUGUCGAUGCCCGAGGAUUUAGAUUAG